AUGAACAUUAAUGAGAAAUUGCAACUUGAAGAUGGAGUGCAAAUGGCUGAUGCUAAAAGUUUCAGAAGUUUAGUCGGAGGCUUGAUUUAUCUAACUCACACUCGGCCCGAUAUUGCAUUUUCUAUUGGUAUGAUUUCCAGGUUUAUGCAACAUCCUUCAAAGCAACAUUUUGGAGCAGCAAAGCGGGUCUUGCGUUACAUUGCAGGAACUAUGGAUUAUGGAAUCUGGUAUUCAAAAGUUUCCAAUUUCAGAUUAUGUGGGUUCACUGACAACGAUUGGGCAAGUUCGUUAGAUGAUAGGCGGAGUAUUUUAGCAAAUGUUUUCAGUCUUGGAUCAGGAGUGAUCACUUGGAGCUCAAAGAAGCAAGCCACAACAGCAUUGUCUUCUUCAGAAGCAGAAUACGUUGCAGCAACCUCAGCAGCUUGUCAAGCUAUUUGGUUAAGGAGAAUAUUAGCAGAACUUCAUCAAAAGCAAGAAGGAGCAACAACAAUAUUCCGUGACAACAAAGCAACAAUCUCCAUGACAAAAAAUCCAAUUUUUCAUGGCAGAACAAAGCAUAUUGAUAUUCGUUUCCAUUUCAUCUGA